GAAGUAUUCAGUGGCCCACAGAGUAAUAGCAGUUUUGGAGAUCAAAGCAAUGGAUGGCGCCGUUGGACCCGCCUGUGCCAACUGUGUUUUGGCAAGGACACAUGAAAAUGAACUGGCUGGCCGCGAUCCCAUUGCAAAUACCGAUGGCGAGCAACCAGGUUUACCGAGGCAGAGCAGGACUUUAUUAUGUUGAUUGUAUAUUUGCCGGAGCAUUGUCGGUGGCAAGACCUCGACCCAGCAGAUUUGGAAGAGCUAUGUCAGGUUCGCUAUGGUAGGCAUGACACAAGUGCAGUUCUGCAGACCUGUUCGCAUUGGGAAGUUACAUGCACAAACGUGACAAAGUGACAGGUGCUGGGCGCUGAACCAUCUUGUCCCUUUGGGGCACAAGACCCGGCAGCGGUUCGCGUUUGGUGCGGGUCUGCCAAGAGCGCAGAUGCCGCCAAGGAGGUGGUACUUGUCUGGCAGCAAUGGCGUGCAUUUGUCUAUCUGCAGUCACACUAGGGACGGCGAUAGUGCGCUUGACGAAGCACGCUUGGGCUCGAGCAUUUGCUAUAGCAUUCUCGGUGUGCAUCAGGGACAUGGCCUGGUGCCCCGCUGCUGGCGGUUUUUGUGUUGCCAUUGGCGUUGCUGCCGCGGAAUUGCCUGCUUUGCGACAAGACCUUCAGCAAGCGCAAAGCUUAGCCAUCGUCGUGAACAAACCAUCUCAGGGUGGCGGUGGUGGCUAUGCCAAGGCAUUGGCCCUUUCGAAUCUGAUAGGCUCUGAAAACGAGUGUCUAUACAGACUGCGCUCAAGCCAGCUUCGCGCUUGCGGGAGCUCGGCAAGCGACUACUCGCAGGCCAAAAUUAAAGAGGGCAACGUUUUCCCUGAAGCGGAUGAGGAGGGUCUGGAUGUACCUGGCAGUUGGCCAUGUUGAGCUCAUGCUUGCCAUCGCUUGCCUUUACCUUGAUUGAACCAUGCUGAACAAGUUAGGUCCGAAUUCGCCUCAUUUGGUGCUUAUCUUGGGCUCUGUUGGGCCAAGAUGGGACCCUCUGUUGGGCGAAGAUAGGGCCUAUGUUCAGCAACUUGCUGGAUUUUAGGCCGCUGUCAAAACGUGGAAAAACCAUGAUUCUAGGGUCUAGAGCAAAAACGCCC